AUUUGGUUUGUAUGUGACUAAGAUCUCUCUUCAUCGAACCCUAAUUUCGUCUCUCUCUUCAAUGUCUUUUUUAUUUUCGCCGGACGACGACGGCGCUCCGGCGACCGUGACCGUAGACACUAUUCGACAGUGGCCCGAUGUGUUACAAGCAGAAGUUAGGAAGGUGGAAGAUGAAGUUACAGCCGCCGAUGAGAAAUACAACUCCAUCGUCAGGGAUUUCUCGUCGAUUAAACAAGCUUAUGCAACAUUUCUUGAAACUUUCGAUGAUGGACUAGCCGAACACGUUGCUUCUCAGAAGCAAAAUCAUCUACAUGAUUUGACGAUAAACUAUCCAAACUAUCCAGAGUUACUGAUGCGAAUGGAUAAGAUUUCUAGAGAUAUUUCGAACCUGCUUAACUCUCUGCAAGAACUGAUAAAGUUGUUGGAGCUGACUAAGAAGACAAGUUUUACUAUAUACGACGAUUUGUUGAAAAGUGAUGAAGAACUUGAUAACUUCACAGACCAACUGUCACCGACUCUUGCAGCCACUCUUGCUUCCUCUCUUAAUUCUGUGGGGGAACGUCUGUAUGCUAUCUUUAUAUCUUUCGAUACCUCCAUGGAAAGACUGAAGAAAUUUCAAGCAGAAGCAGUAAUCCCUUUUUAUGAAAGGGAAAUCAAUGCCUAUAGAGCUGCCUUCACUUGUUCUCCGUUAAUUCAUGUUAUUAACAAAAACAGAUUCCCUAUACUAAAACGGUUUUGCGAUGGUGACAUGAGAGUGAUUGUGAGGAUGAGUCAAUCUGAUUACGACGUCAUUGACGAAGCUCUGGAGUAUGUGGAGUAUAAGCAGCUUCGAUUCAUAUUCGGUCGGACCCAAACUCCAACAUCACAUUAAUUGGCUGCAAAUUUAAUAUAAAAUUUGCACAUUGGACCGCCAAAAAGGAUCAUAUACAGAUGUCAAUGAUAAAGGACGAUCUAUGGUCAGAAAAGAUGGGCCCUGUCAAACAGCAAGGCAACCACGAUUGUUGUUGGGCAGUUGCAUCUGCAGAGGUUGUCUCCAAUGUGAGACACGAAUUGGGGCAUGACACGACUUACGUUGAGUAUUCGGUUCAAUACCUGGUGGAUUUCACAAGACCGGAGCUACGUCGCCUUUCUAGAAAGACAGCCCAUUUUUGCUAUCCUCUGCAUGUGAAGAAAGCAUUGGACUUCAUCAGCCAGAAAGGAAUUGAAAGAGAAGAUGCACGCCCUUUUAGCAAGGAUGUCUGUAAAGAAGAUGUAAGUCCAGUCCAACCUUCAAAUGUACUCGCAUACAUCAAAGAAGCAAUCACAGUGGAUAAAGUUGACGAGGUUGUUGAAAUAUUACGCAAGCAUGCCAUUGCGUGUGAUAUUCCGAUCUUUGAACCAGAGUAUAGUGGAAUAGAAGAUAAAAUUUACAGGGGACCUACUUCUCGGAUUUCCAGAUAUGUCGCACAACAUUCCGGAAACCUUGUCGGUGGGGGAAUAGAUGACGGGGAGAAGUAUCUUCGUUUUAGAUCAAGUCACAGUGAGGACUUUGGUCUCAAGGGAACCAUGAAAGUUUCAAUGGAAGCUAUGUUGAUGUGCCUCAGUAGUCGUUCAUCACGUAUUGAAUGUGGUGUUGACUGUGAUUUGACUAUGGAAGAUCCAUUUCCCCUCAUGACUAAUUUUGUUUACCCGUCGCUGUUGUCAAAGGAAGAAGAAGAGAAGAGGAAGAAAGACCAGGGAUCAAGAAAAGACAGAAAAGUACAUUCAAGCAAGGCGUAUCUACAUUGCGGAAUAGCAGAAAAGAUACGUGGAUUUCUGUUGGCUCAGACUUGAAGUACGAUGCAAGUAGUAACUUUGAUGAUGUGGGUGCCACAUGCGUUGGAGUUUACGUGCAGUGGAUCCUUUGAACAAGUUGCCCUAUUCUAAGCUUGACUCAAAGAAUGUUGGUGUUAAAGACGGAGUGGUAUUCUUGACAUACAAUAGUCUCAUUGCUUCCUCUGAGAAGGGGCGUUCUCGUUUGCAGCAACUUGUUCAGUGGUGUGGACCAGAAUUUGAUGGUCUCUUGAUCUUUGAUGAGUGCCAUAGAGCAAAAAAUUUGGUACCUGAAGCUGGGAGUCAGCCGACACACAUCAGGCAGGCAGUUGUUGACAUUCAGAUCUGCUACUUGGAACCGAAGGCCUGACUACACUGUUCUUAUUUCAUUAAACUUUUUUUUUAUGUUGGCUCUGAAGAGUGAUAUUAGAUACUCUAACUUGGUUUUGUUUCGGAUUACUUCUUCUCAGCUGCAGAUGGUAUGGUUUAUGUUCUAGUUUGGAAAGCUUAAUAGUGGUUAAUAUCUUCUAGUUGACUAGAGAUUGUGAAUUUUGGAAAAGCAGGAUAAGAUCCCCCAAGCAGGUGUUCUUUAUUGCUCUGCUACUGGUGCAUCUGAACCACGAAACAGUUACUAAUUGAAUGGUGCUUUGGUACUUUUUGGCAAGCAAGUUCACUAUUUAUUGUCCCCUGUUUCUAGUUUCAGAGAUCCCUGUAUAAAUUAAACGUCAGGGUAUUUGUGUUGAAUUACUUGCUGUCUU